AGGAGGCGCAGGCGCGGCGGCCCCGGCUGCGGCGGAGGCAGGGACGGGGACGGGAAGAGGGACGGGGACGGGGGGGGGAAAGGGACGGAUCCCGGCGGAGGUGCCGCGAUGGCGGCGCCGCUGAGCGACGGGGAGAAGCGCAAGCAGAUCAGCGUGCGGGGCAUCGCGGGGCUGGGCGACGUGGCGGAGGUGCGCAAGAGCUUCAACCGGCACCUCCACUUCACCCUGGUCAAGGACCGCAACGUCGCCACCCCCCGCGACUACUUCUUCGCCCUGGCGCACACGGUGCGCGACCACCUGGUGGGGCGCUGGAUCCGCACCCAGCAGCACUACUACGAGCGGGACCCCAAGCGUAUUUAUUACCUGUCCCUGGAGUUCUACAUGGGCCGCACCCUGCAGAACACGAUGGUGAACCUGGGCUUGCAGAACGCCUGCGAUGAAGCCAUUUACCAGCUGGGUCUGGACUUGGAGGAACUGGAGGAAAUCGAAGAGGAUGCCGGGCUGGGAAACGGAGGCCUGGGCCGCCUGGCAGCUUGCUUCCUGGACUCCAUGGCCACGCUGGGGCUGGCAGCGUACGGUUACGGCAUCCGUUACGAGUUCGGGAUCUUCAACCAGAAGAUUGUUGACGGCUGGCAGGUGGAGGAGGCCGAUGACUGGCUACGCUACGGCAAUCCCUGGGAGAAAGCUCGCCCCGAGUACAUGCUCCCCGUGCACUUCUACGGCCGCGUGGAGCACACCCCUGAGGGCGUGAAGUGGGUCGACACCCAGGUUGUCCUCGCCAUGCCGUAUGACACACCAGUGCCAGGAUACAAGAACAACACUGUGAACACCAUGAGGCUGUGGUCUGCAAAAGCACCCAAUGACUUCAACCUCCAGGAGUUCAAUGUGGGUGACUACAUCGAGGCAGUGUUGGACAGAAACCUGGCAGAAAACAUAUCCAGAGUCCUGUACCCAAAUGACAACUUCUUCGAAGGCAAGGAGCUGCGCCUGAAACAGGAGUACUUCGUGGUGGCCGCAACCCUCCAAGACAUCAUCCGCCGCUUUAAGUCCUCCAAAUUUGGCUGUCGAGACCCUGUGAGGACAAGCUUUGAAACGUUCCCGGACAAGGUGGCUAUUCAGCUAAAUGACACCCACCCUGCCCUGUCCAUCCCAGAGCUCAUGCGGAUCCUGGUGGAUGUGGAGAAGGUGGACUGGGACAAGGCCUGGGAGAUCACAAAACGGACCUGUGCAUACACCAACCACACUGUGCUGCCCGAAGCCCUGGAGCGCUGGCCAGUCUCCAUGUUUGAAAAGCUGCUGCCCCGUCACCUGGAGAUCGUCUACGCCCUCAACCAAAUGCAUCUGGAUCGCGUGGCAGCUCUCUACCCAGGGGACGUUGACCGUCUCCGGAGGAUGUCGGUGAUCGAAGAAGGGGACUGCAAGCGCAUCAACAUGGCACACCUCUGUGUGAUCGGCUCUCAUGCCGUCAACGGCGUGGCCCGCAUCCACUCCGACAUUGUGAAGAACUCAGUGUUCAAGGAUUUCUACGAGCUGGAGCCAGAGAAAUUUCAGAACAAGACAAAUGGGAUCACGCCAAGACGCUGGCUUCUGCUGUGCAACCCGGGACUGGCCGAUGUUAUCGCCGAGAAAAUCGGGGAAGGCUUUGUCACAGACCUGAGCCAGCUGAAGAAGCUCCUGGAUUUCAUCGAUAACGAGAUGUUUAUCAGGGAUGUGGCAAAAGUCAAACAGGAGAACAAGCUGAAGUUCUCAGCCUACUUGGAGGAGCAGUACAAGGUCAAGAUCAACCCUUCAUCCAUGUUUGAUGUUCAGGUCAAGCGAAUCCACGAGUACAAGCGGCAGCUGCUGAACUGCCUGCAUGCCAUCACCCUCUAUAACCGCAUCAGAAGUGACCCAUCCAAAUCCUUUGUGCCUAGGACGAUUAUGAUCGGAGGAAAGGCGGCCCCCGGCUACCACAUGGCCAAGAUGAUCAUCAAACUCAUCACCUCCAUCGGCGAGGUCAUCAACAACGAUCCCUACGUGGGGGACAAGCUCAAGGUCAUCUUCCUGGAGAACUACCGCGUGUCCCUGGCUGAGAAGGUGAUCCCAGCAGCGGAUCUCUCCCAGCAGAUCUCCACAGCUGGCACGGAGGCCUCGGGCACCGGCAACAUGAAGUUCAUGUUGAACGGGGCCCUCACCAUCGGCACCAUGGAUGGAGCCAACGUGGAGAUGGCCGAGGAGGCAGGCGAAGAAAACCUCUUCAUCUUCGGCAUGCGGGUGGAGGACGUGGAGGCCCUGGAUCGCAAAGGGUACAACGCGCUGGAGUAUUACGAGCGCCUACCGGAGCUGCGGCAGGCCAUUGACCAGAUCAGCAGUGGGUUUUUCUCCCCGAGAGACCCCGGGUGCUUCAGGGACGUUGUCAACAUGCUCAUGCACCACGACAGGUUUAAGGUGUUUGCCGACUACGAAGCCUACAUUAAAUGCCAAGGCCAAGUGGACCAGCUGUUCAUGGACCCCCGGGAGUGGACUAAGAAAGUCAUCAGGAACAUCGCCUGCUCGGGCAAGUUCUCCAGUGACAGGACCAUCACCGAGUACGCCCAGGAGAUCUGGGGGGUGGAGCCCUCCGCCACAAAAAUCCCCCCACCCAACCUCCCCCGGGACUGACGCAAGCACAGAGGGAAGGAAGGAGGGAUGGGUGCCCAGCCCCGGAGCCCUCACCCGCAUUUCACCGCCAGCUGGCCGGGCUUGGCUCUGCAGCAGCGAGGCCUUUCCUUCGGGGGUAGAACGGUGCUCUGAGGAGGAGCCCUGACUGAGGAGCGGGAGCUGGGGGAGAGGCGAAAGGACCCCGUGUUUGUACCCAGCCUGCACGUGCUGCGUAUCGCUUUUAGUGAGACAGCCACGGAUCAGUCUUCCGCAACCGCACUCCACGCUUAACAAGGGAUCUCCAGCUAAAUCCUUCCCUCCCUCUGCAUGUGGCCUGGCCUCCCUGCCCCACAAACGGGUUUUAGACCACACCGAGCGUCGGGUCCUCCCCCAGGGGCUGUGCCAGCCCAACAGCAAGGGGAAGGAGAGGCUGCGGCCUGCCCUCCCAGCCACCCCCUUCCCCCAGCAUGCCUGGAGAAGGGGCUGGGUGUUAGAUCAGCUGCCUCCAGUGCAGGUGCCACUUCCAUACACUGUGGUCCAGGAGGAGAGGGAUCAGCAGCUGGGAUCACAGAGCUUGCUGUAGCCUCCUCCCCACCUAUUAAUUAAAAACCCAGUAGCCGAA